CUACCUGUCCAGCACCAGCACCAGGUAGAUCCAGCACCAUCUGUUCUAUACAGGGCAGACAUGCCAGCUUGCCAUCAAACUUUGCUUCUUUCUGUCCUUGUCAAAGUCGUAGCCACCUUUGUUGCUACACAGUGGACCUCUUGGUUUAAUGUAGACCAUCCUGGAGGUGGUGGAGACUAUGAAACUGUAGAAGCCAUUCGUUUCUAUUAUCCACAUCGCUUGUGCCUCCGGCCUAUAGCUCUUGAGGCCAGAACCACAGAAUGGGCCACCCCAAAGGACAGAAAGGAGUAUGUGCACUCUAAUCCUGAAACCGGAUUCUGGUGCAUCAACAAAGAGCAGCGGAAAGGCAAAAACUGCUCCAACUACCAUGUAAGGUUUCAAUGCCCACCCGAUCUGUUUUACUGGUCGCAUUGGUCUCCAUGGAGUGCUUGCUCUGAAACAGGUUGUGGUGCGAGAGGCAUCCAGAUCAGACGGCGCACCUGCAGCAGUGUAAAACCUCUAAGCACAUUGAGCCUAGAAAGAUGUUUCGGCCAGGACGUAGAACGAAGGGUCUGCAUUACCAGUCCAUGUAUUGGAAAAUGGUCUGCUUGGAGUGCCUGGGCGCCUUGCACAAAAACUUGUGAAGGGGGUGAAAGUGUCCGUCGCCGUACAUGUUCCAGUAAAGGGAUUCCGUGUUCUGGACGUUCAUUCCAAGUUCAAAAGUGUGGGAAAUCUCGAUGUAGAGGAGCAUUGUGCACUGGCUGCACAUGUGUCGGACACUCUUUGAUGGGCAAAGUCCAAAGUACCCAUGGGUAUGUUCAGCACAAUGCCAAAGUAUUUAUAAAUGACAAGAUUGUGGGUACAACAGAUCUGCAUGGCAUUCUCAUCUUAAAAGGCGUCUGCACAGAAGUUCACACAAACAUCACAGUGACGCGAGAUGGAUUCUCUUCGGUAACAUUGCAAAGCAUUAAGAAUGACUCCAACAUCUCCUAUUUUGAGGCCUUUUUGAAGAAAUUAGAAAAACCCUACAUGGUACAACAUCCAUAUUCAAAAAUCAGAAGAGAAGGACAAAAGGUGGCCCUGUGCUGUGAAGCUACUGGGAAUCCAGUUCCCUCUAAGUAUUACUGGUAUCACAAUGGUACAUUACUGGACAAACACAAUCUCAAGUAUGACAAAAGUUUAACUCUACAAAAUAUUAAUGCAUCACAAGCUGGGAGAUAUCAAUGCAAAGCCAAAAAUGGAUUGGGGGUCAUCAGGUCCUCUGUAGCCCAAUUAAUAGUCAUAGGUAAAGGUGAAUCUCACUGUGAUAAGACCCCCCACAAACAUUUUAUCAAGCUACCAACUGACUGUUUUCAAACUGAAACUGGUUCUCUUUACUACAAUGUAGGCAAGUGUCCUAAUACACAGUGUGUAGAUCAUAUAAACUCUGACCUCCAGUGUAAAGAUGAAGUAGACUACUGUUGUGGGGUCAAGCAAAUGAAACUACAUGAUGUGAAGUGUCCAGGAUACAUUCUACCAGUCAUGGUUGUUGUAGAGUGUGGUUGUGCCCAAUGUAUCCAGCCUAAAGUUUUAGUUCGUGGAUGGGUGACUGCAUAUGACACAGAGGAGCCACUUCAGUUCGGAAAAAUCUUUAUGAAUGGGGAUAAUAUGGGAUUUACAGGUUACAAAGGAGAUUUUACGCUGGAAGUGCCAGUUGGUACCAAAAGAUUGGUGGUCACAUUUGUAGAUCAUCAAGAUAAGUUUAUUGAGACUAUAAAAGUUAUUCCAUUUGAUCCAAAAGGAAAUACUGUCUACCAGGAAGUGAAAGUAAUGAGAAGAAAAGACCCAAUUGAUCUGAAUCCUGCAUUAUCAAAUGUGAUUUCUCUUGGAGAAAUACUUGGAGAAGAUCCAAUUGGUGAGAUUGUAAUACCACCAAACUCCUUCACCAAAACCAAUGGAGAAUCCUACAGUGGUACAGUUAAGGCCAGUUUAACCUUUCUUGACCCUAGAAACAUUAGCACAGCUUCUGCUGCUUCAAGUGAUCUUAACUUUGUCAACAGAGAUGGAGAUAUUUCUCCACUCAGGACUUAUGGAAUGUUUGCUGUGGACUUCAGGGAAAAAGAUACUAAUUCUUGGCUUCAAACUGGGAAAGUGGAGGUACGACUGGAUGCAGAGCAAAUUAAAAUGCCCCAGCAUCACAAUGAAAUUAAACUUUGGUCUUUAAACCCACAGACUGGACUGUGGGAGGAAGAAAGUAGUUUUCAGAUGAUGGGGCAGACCAAAAGGAAAAGAAGGGAAGAGAGGUCCUUUUUAAUAGGACAGUUGGAAAUACGUGAGAGAAGACUUUUCAACCUAGAUGUGCCAGAGUUCAGGAGAUGCUUUGUUAAGGUACGAGCAUAUAUGAAUGAGAAGUUCAUGCGAAAUGAACAACUAGAAGGAAUAGUUAUAACUCUUAUAAAUCUAGAGCCUAUGCAAGGAUUUUCAUCUAACCCUAGAGCUUGGGGUAGAUUUGACAGUGUGAUAACAGGAAGGAAUGGAGCCUGCCUUCCUGCUUUCUGUGACGCUAAGCAGCCAGAUGCUUACUCUGCAUACGUCACUGCUAUAAUGGGUGGUGAGGAACUUGAAGCAGCUUCCUCUUAUCCCAAACUAAACCCAAAUGUUGUUGGAGUUUCUCAACCUUAUUUAUCUAAACUCAACUAUCAAAGAACUGAUCAUGAAAACCCCACUGGUAAAAAGACGGCUUUUAAAAUUAACCUUGCUAAACCAAACCCAAACAAUUUUGAGGAGACCAAUGGUCCAAUAUAUGCCUACCGAAACUUGCGAGGAUGUGAAGAAGCCACAAUCUCAGACAAUCACUUUCGCUUUUAUAGAGUAGAAGAAGACAAGUAUGAGUUCAAUGUUGUCCCAUUUGAUGAGACAGACUUGACCUCAUGGAUUGGUGGCUAUCUAUCUUGGUGGCCAAACCCUCAAGAGUUCCGGGCAUGUUAUAUAAAGGUUCGGAUACAGGGUCCACAGGAAUAUAUGGUCAGGUCACGGAAUACUGGAGGAAGUCACACAAAGACUGUGGGUCUCCUAUAUGGAUUACGUGACACCCGGAGUGUUAGGGAUUUGAAAGUGGUACGCAGCUCUGCAGCCUGUCUGGAAUUCAAGUGCAGUGGAAUGCUAUAUGACCAAAAUAUGGUGGAUCGCACUCUGGUUACUGUAACUCCUCAAGGCAGCUGUCGUGUCACAGAAGUCAACAGGCAUCUGGAAGACUAUCUCAGCCACCACCCACCACUUGCAUUAGGGAAUGACACUGGGGUAUUUAAUAUGUUGGCUCCUGUUGACCCAUUAGGACACAACUAUGGUAUUUACACAGUUACUGACCAGAAUCCAAGACUAGCAAAAGAAAUUGCCAUUGGGCGAUGUUUUGAUGGAACCUCAGAUGGUUUUUCCAGGGAAAUGAAAUCCCAGGUAGGAAUUGCACUCACUUUUCACUGUCAGGAAAAAACUGUUACACGAGAAAGCUUCUUUCAGCGUCUGCUUAACAACCCAGGUGAAACGCUUCGUGAGAUACGUCGUGGUAUGCAAGAGAAUGAACAGAGAGGUAAUCCUGCACGUGUGGUGCCUUAUCCAUUUACAGGUGUUUCCUCUUCUAAUCAUACCCGAAAACAAUCUGCCAACCAGAGGAAACCUCGACUGCCAUAAUAUAUAUGAACGUGACAGAAAUAUCUUAACUCAAACAUCCUAUUACCACUGUACAAAUACAUUGAAAGGAAUCAGUGAAACCUAAAGACUAAUUAUGAGAGUGUAAUUAUUAAUAGUCUUUAUUUUCAGGUAAAUAGGUGCUGGACUCAGGUCAGUAGUCAAACUCUUUAAAUCUGAUGAUUAGUUUUCUUGAACAUAGUAGAUGCUAAUUUAUUUACUUUUAAGAUACCAUUAGAUCUAAGGUAAAUUUGGGCACAACAAAGCAAACUUAUAUGUGAAGUACUGUACCAGGCCUGGAUUUAAUGUUUUUACUCCCCUGAUGCAUUUUCUGUGGCCCUACCUCUUCUUCCUUAUCAUCAUAGAUUGCAUAGACCCAAUUACUAUCUGUAGAAGAGUAAAUGUAAGAAUUAGGUGUACUCUAUCAGUAAUUUAAAAUUAGCUUUGUUUUCACGCUAGCAGACAUAAAUAAUUUAAACAAAUGUACCAGGAUGAAGAAACCGGGAGCAGCCUGCAAGUCAAGGACCUAGCCUAUUUCACUUUCCAUAAUUCUGAGCCGCUGAGAUUAGAGAUACAUCAGCAUUACAGCUGGAGGCACUGUACAAUGGGAAACAAUCCUCUUUUUACUAGGCUUACCAUACUAUCCCUUUAAACCAGUGAUGUGCGGUUAGGUGAGGCUAUCUUUUUUGCACAUCUCUGAUCAAAACUCACCAAAUUUCUAGCAGUAUAUGCUGCUGCACCUGUAUAUAAUGCCCAUAUGUACCCUUUGGCUCAUGUAUUGUGUAUAAAUCUUGUUCUGGUACUAGCCAGUGCCUCCUGAGCCAUUUACCUCACCGCACGUUCCUCUUUAAAAUGAGGACACUGAUUUAAACUAGGUGAAAUGAGGCUUGAAGUCAGCCAGCCACAGAACCUGUGUAAUUCAUUAGUGUCCUGGUUUAAAGAGAUCGUAUGGUAAGCCUAUCUAUUAUACAAUCACUAACAAGGUUUGUGUGACAAACUAUGGGUGUUGAUGAUCUAUAAGAGCAGAGUUUCCCAAAAUCCGCCAUUAUAGUCCAGGUUUUAAAGCUCUCCUUGCUUGAGCAUAGCUGACUUAAUAAGUACCUCAGUAAAUGUGAUUAAAACAUCUGGACUUAAACAUGAAUAUCCUUAAAUCUAGACUGUAAUGGUGGAGUUUGGGAAACUCUGUAUUAGCAAAUUAACAAAAGUUACUCCUAGUACAAUGUUUCCUAACUCCACACGGAUACCACUUUUACACCAAAAACCCAGGUUCAAUCCAGGUUUCCGGACACAGGGCCUGAUUUAGGUUGGAUCGCAAUACGUGAUCAAACCACAAAAUCUGCUAAGAGGGUGCGGGCGCAUGCACAGUGCCCAUCCUGUGCAUGCGCCCACAUUUCUGCAUUGGCCCGCAGAAAAUGCGAUUGCCUCUGCCUGUCAAUCAGGCAGAGGCGUUUGCGGGGUGGGGGCUGCGGCGGAAAUGCUCCGUUUCCGAGAUGGAGCGUUGCGGUGGGCAGCAACAGAGAAAUGGGGGCAUGGCGGUGUGAAUGGUGGCCAUGUUCGGGGAGGUUGCAUGACCUCACACGCAGCUGGUGCGAUCACUAAAAUGGCGGCGGCAGCAGGCUAUCUGAUUUCUAGCGAUCACCCUGAAAUUGCGGUUGCACCGCAAUUUCAGCAUGGUCAAGGGGGGUGGGGGGGCGGCGGGUGUUAGCAUGCUGUGGGGCCUUGCCCUGCGAUGGGCGGCCCCCAGCAUGCAAUCCAAAGGAUUACAAAUUCUGCUACUUAGCAGAAUUUGCAAUCCUUACUGUGCAGUACCAACUUGGAUCAGACCAGGGUCAGACCCUGUUUACACUGCAUAUUGGACCCUAUUUAUUCCCGGGUCAGUCCCAUUUACAUUGAACCGGGGUUAUCCCUGCACGUCACUCACAGACCCUCCCUUGAGGUGGACCUGCAUACACAGCCAAUCAGCAGCUUUUAAUCAUAGCCCGGGUUGGAUAACCCAGGUCGAGCUGUUUACACUGCACUGUUACCUGGCUCCAACCCUGGUAUCUAUUAGGGUCUGAUACCCUGGUCACUCGACCUGGGUUAUUUUUCAAGGUAGACCCAGCAAUAAUCCGAGUCAAAAGCUUGGUGUAAAAGGGGUAUAAAGAUAGGUGCACACUAUACAAUUAUCUGGCAGAUAAUCUGCCAGCAAUGUCGGACUGGGGCAUGAAGGGCCCACCGGGAAAAAGCAUUGGUAGGGGCCUAUGUUUAGGGGUGUGGCCACUUGCCACAGGGGCUUGGCUACCCAUUAGAGAGUGCAUGGUCUGGGCCCUUUGGUAAAUACAUAAUGAUAAUGAUCGUUAAUAACAGAAAUGCACUGUAGAAAAUACACCAUAGUCCUGUGAAGUAUAAGGUAACAUAUAAAAUGAGUAAUUCAAGUGCACAGUCUGGAACCUGAUCCCUAGAAGAAGAGGUGGGGCCCACCGGUGGUUUCCCCUCUUCCCCUGUGGGCCAGUCCAAACCCGUCUGCCAGAUCUGGCUGGUUAUAAUGAAAUUCUAG